AUAUAUCAUCCAUCUGAACUGUCAAUAAUCACAUACGACUUUGCUCGUCAAUCAUUUGAUAAUAUUUAUAAAUAAAAUAACUAAUAACAUUAUUAAAUAAUUAAAAUAAUAUGUCAACUGCAGCAAGACCAACUUAUGAUACGGCUCGUGGUGGCCAAGGUCGUGGAGAAAAAGAUUUAAGUGCAAUCUCAAAACAAUACAGUAGUCGAGAUUUGCCAUCACACACAAAGCUCAAAUACAGAGAACAUGGACAAGGUACAAUUGAAGAAUUACGAAACCGUGAUUUUCGUAAAGAGCUUGAAGAGCGUGAACGUGAAAAAGAUAAAACAAAUAAUAGACGUAUGAUUGAACCAGCACCAGCAUCAAAUCCAAAACGUCAAAAAAGUGAUCAAGCUCCAGCUGCUAGUCUUGAUGCAGAUGAUCCUUUGGAUGAUGAUGAUUCCGAUUCUGAUAGUGAUGAUGAAGAUGAUACUGCAUCUUUACUUGCUGAAUUACAAAAAAUAAAAAAAGAACGUGCUGUUGAACAAGCAAAAAAGGAGAAUGAAAAACGUGAAGAAGAAGAAAGAAUCAGAACAGAAAAUAUUCUAUCUGGUAAUCCUCUGUUAACUUAUGCAGCUCAACCAGCAAGAGCUGACAUGAAAGUUCGUCGACGUUGGGAUGACGAUGUUGUGUUUAAAAAUUGUGCAAGAUCAGAGCCAAAAAAGAGACAUGAUGUCUUUAUUAAUGACAGCUUGAGAAGUGAAUUUCACAGAAAAUUCAUGGAAAAAUACGUUAAGUAAAUUUAUAAUUAAAUUAAUUGAAUAUAAAUUUAUCAAACAUUAUCGUUAUUCUUCACUACAACUUAAGAUUCAAUUAAAUUAUCAAUUUUUUUUAUUUUAAAUUCAUUUUCUACUAUGUUUUUUUCGUAUAAUAAUAUUGUAAAUAUUUCCUAAGUAAUUUACUGAAUAAAUAAUAUCUAAUUAUCAUUAAUAAUUAACUU